CCACAUGUGUCAUCUGUCAUACAAUAACAUCUCUAUCAGUGGCACAUGUGAAUUAAAUUUUGUUAAAUCUAAAUUUUUCUUACGCGCCAUGGCUAAGAAAUACUGCAAAUACACCAAGGAACAGCUACAAGAAUAUUGCAACGAUGAAAGCUAUUGCGUUAAAUGUGUUGACAGUGCCAUGCACAUCAGUCUCCCACCGUGGGGCCUAAAGAAAUUCGACGAAAGUGUUCGGAGUAUUGUAUCCGAGGAAAAGCUGAAUCGCUUCGAUUCAAAACUGAAUGGAAUCGUACUCGACAUUCAAAGUAUCAAAGUGGUCGGCGAACAGUAUGCCGUCCGAAAUGACAGUUCAGCGUUGCAUGUCAGUUUGAAGGUGAAAUUUUAUGUGUUCCAACCGCGCAUCGGGGCAGUGUUGAUCGGUGUUGUGAAACAUGUUGCACUGCAUCACAUUAGUGUGACGAUACAUCGGUUCUUCAAUGUGGUGGUUCCGAUUGAACAGAAGAACAGUGCCUUGAAAACCAACACGUCUGUGAUGAUCAAACUGACAAAGUUCGAUCUGGAUGAUUCGAUUCCUUAUUUCGAGGGUAAAUUGGAGGAAAUUCUGUGGCAGGACCAGAAGGAAGAGAAUUCAAUGGACAGCGGAGUGGGUACGACGGAUUCAACAAAUAUUCGACUGAAACGAGAACAGAACACCACCAAUGGGCAAACAGAAAGUGAUAGCGAUAGCGACACCUCCGAGCACUCAGUACCUGCGGUCAAACGAGAGGUGAAGCGAAACAACAGCAACGGAACAGUGGUCAAAGUGAAACAAGAGCCGGUGUCGAGCAGUGAAUCGUCAUCUUCAGACUCCGAAAAUUCCUCAAAAGCUUUGAAUUCAUCGCCAUACCUGCAAGUAAAACUGAAGAAUGAGAAGAACUCCAGUUCGUCCAGUGAUGACUCGUCGUCAGACAGUAACAAAUCGAAGCACAACAAACAAUCAACUGUUCCAGCGCAACAGAAUGGCAAGAGAAAACAUGAAAGUGGAAGCAGCAUAAUUGGCAGAUCAUUACAGAAAAUGAGCAAGAUCCGCACCAACGAUCCGGACUCAUCGUCAUCGUCCGACAGUGAAAUUGAUUCCAAGAAGAAAUUGACGAACAUUUCGAUGAAUGAAUCGACAUUUCCAUCUCCGGGACUGUCGUCGACGAGAAUAACGUCAAAAACAAGCGGCGACAGCAAGUCCAAAAGUAAAGUGACCGGAACGAAUGACUUUUUGAAGAAAAUGAUGAGCCGAUUUGAUAAAUGAAAAUAGAAUUGUUACAUAAGUGAAACGUGA